UCUCUGCUGCAGGGAACCCCCACCCAGUCCCCGGGGGUUACCAACCCAGCAUCUCUAAGUCUGCCUCUCCUGCCCCUCGACAGCCAACCCUGCAAUCAAACAUGGAUGCCCAGCCCAGCCCAGCGAUGGAAGCAAGUUCCACCAGCUGGACACUCACAAGGGACGUCCCCUCUGUUGACGCAAGACACAGCCCAGGCCCAGCCUCCAUCAGCAUCAGAUGCCCCAGGGCCUACCCCAAGGCUGGUCCAAGGGUGGGACGGGCACCUGGAAUGCCCCCGGUUCCCCAGGAGGCUGAUCCCUGAGAGCAGAGAAGCCCUCAAGGGGCAGGCAGCUCCAGGUAAGGUCCCACAGCCCCCAUCUCUUCGCUCCUGGCCGGUCCCUGCUCGACGCACACUGUCCCCCAACACCUUGGCCCUCAGUCCCGCUCUUCCUGGGGGCCUACCCUCCUGUGCAUCUCGGGACGCGGCCCUGACGCAGCCUGGCAUCCAGCUGGCCCCCUACGGACCUGCAUGGAUGGAGUCCCUCCCUCGGUGCCGGCUGGGCAGCGGCAGGGGGCUGCCGGGCUCAGGCUUGCCAAGGAGGAAAUGGGCAGGUCCACGGCCAGGGCGGCCGAGCGUCGCGGAUGCAUGCCGGCCACGGUUAUUUUUAGACAGGACUUGCAGGGCCGCCUGUCACAGAAGGAAAAAUAAAACAGAGUCUGACGCGCCAGUUCGGGCUCCAGCAGCAGCCAAGCAUCUCGCCAGACCCCACGGCAGAGAGCAGGGCAGGGCCCAGCCUCCAGAGCCAGAGUCGGAGCAGGAUCCGUCCUCCCCGUCAUUCAUCCCUGGGGCCAGGAGCUGCCUGCAGGGACGCCUGCCUACAGGCCACAGAGAUUCCAGGCAGCUUCCCAGGGAGAGAAGGGUGGGGGCUGCUGGUGCUCAGCCCUGCACAGGGUCACAGGAAGUGCAGCAGGCCACCUGCUCACUGCACACAGACCUGAGGCCUCGUGUCCAGGACCUGCCCACCGCCCCGAGCCUAGCUCCCACAGGCCAGCUGGCCAGGGCUGCCUGACACCAGGUACAAACCACCAAGGAAAUACCUCCAACGGGCACUCGCCUGAGGGGCUCAGAAGGGCUGGGCAGGCCCUGGAAAGGCUCCUGGCAUCUUUCGCCACAGAAAGGCAGACAAGACCACCAUGGGCAGCCCCCACAUGCUCACCAGCCCUGGUGUUAUAAAAACAGCAGCCGGCGCUGGCGGGAGGGGAAGCCGUGGAGGCACUUGUCCGUGGGGAUGGGGGCAAAAUGGCACCACCUCCUGGAAGCUCCCUGGACAGUGCCCCACAGCCACACGCCAG